AUGCCACGUAAGCUACGUAAGAAUAUACGUAAGAGGAAGGGAGCAUUGAAACAUCCAAUAGUAAAACUGACACCACAACAACAGUUGCAACAACAAAUGAUGAAUGACCCCACUAUGUUGCAACAAAUGUCAAGCAACCCUAUGCUUUUAAACCGAGUUAUUGGUGCACAGAGUGGAGGUUUAAGAGCGGCACUUUUAGCGAAAAUGGCAGGCUAUGGUGGAGCUGCAGACGGAACAGCUUAUAACCCUCAAAGUCAAAUGAAUUUGAGUUCACUCAAAAAUCAAAUAACAGAUGUCAAAAAGUCAAACAUAGACAUACAGAAACAAAUAAGUGAAAACGAAAAGAAACUAGAAUAUGACAGACACACAAAGAAACUCAAUGAGUUAAACGUAGAGAAAAAGAAGAAAGAAGAACAACUGAAAGAACUAAGUACAGAGGAAUAUGCGAAAAAAGUGUCAGAAAAAGCAGCAGAAGUAGCAAAAAUGGAACAAGAUGUUAUAAAUUUGAAAAACCAUACUACUCAAUAUAAAGUACUGAAAGAUGAAGAGAUAAGACAAAAAGCUCUGAAGACAUAUAUGGAUAGC